UAACCCCAGUAUCCGCAGGUGCACCUGGUGGGCAUCGACAUCUUCACGGGUAAGAAGUACGAGGACAUCUGUCCGUCCACCCACAACAUGGACGUGCCCAACAUCAAACGCAACGACUUCCAGCUGAUCGGGAUCCAGGACGGGUACCUGUCGCUGCUCCAGGACAGUGGGGAGGUGCGGGAGGACCUGAGGCUGCCCGAGGGGGAGCUGGGCCGGGAGAUCGAGCAGAAAUACGACUGUGGGGAGGAGAUCCUGAUCACGGUGCUGUCGGCGAUGACCGAGGAAGCCGCUGUCGCGAUCAAAGCCAUGGCCAAAUAGGGCAGGCCGGCACCGCCGGGGUCGGGCCCCGCCCCCCCCAACUGCAGCCGCGAGGGGGGAGGGGAGGGGG